AUGGCAAGUCCUGCCUCUGUCACCUAUGGUCAAGGUCUCACGCUCACACUGGCCUCUGCUCUCCUCCUGGUCCCCCUCAGCUCCUACCUCCAGCUACUGACACCCAAAACCCUGCAGCUCAGGCCCUGCCCCAAGCCACAGGCCUUGGGGGUCCAGCAGCUUCUUGCAUAUCCUGGGGCGGGGUCUGGGCCAUUAAUUGGGGCGUCAUGGGGCCGUUUGGCCUCUCUACGCGCAGGACUGUGGUUGAGUCGGGCCGUGAGCCGGUGCGUUUUGGAACCCCGGCCCCCGGGGAAGCGGUGGCUGGUGGCCGGCCUGGGGAACCCUGGACUGCCCGGCACGCGGCACAGCGUGGGCAUGGCGGUGCUGGGGCAUCUGGCGCGGCGGCUACGUGUGGCGGAGAGCUGGGCGCGCGACCGGCGCUGUGCCGCCGACCUCGCCCUGGCUUCGCUCGGGGAUGCCCAGCUGAUGCCCCCACGGCGGCUCAUGAAUGUCAACGGGCGCAGCGUGGCCCGGGCCACGGAGCUGUUUGGACUGGCUGCUGAGGAGGUCUGCCUGGUGCAUGAUGAGCUCCACAAGCCGCUGGGGAAACUGGCUCUGAAGUUGAAAGGAAGUGCCCGGGGCCACAAUGGAGUCCGUUCCUGUAUUAGCUGCCUUGACUCUAACAUGAGUCCUGCACUGGGUCGGGCAAUGCCACGGCUGCGGGUGGGCAUCGGGCGCCCGACACACCCGGACACAGUGCAGGGCUGCGUGCUGGGCCACUUCGCCCCUGCUGAGCAGGAGCUGCUGCCUCCAUUGCUGAGCGCCACCGACCUGCUUCUGGACCACAUCCGUGAGCAAAGCCAGAGGCCUUCGUCCGGCCCCUGA